AUGGCGGACGUCGCGGUCAUCGUUCUCGGUGUAAUGGCCCAGAUCCGCGAUAUUGUGAAAGACAUCAAAGAGAACGACCGGCAAGCUUGUCGAUUGAUCGAGAGAGUGAAAGCCAUCCAACCUGCUGUACUCGCCGUCAAGCAGGGCACCAACACGUCUUCUUCCGAUUCAUUGAGCCAACUCUUAGCGACUGUGGACAUGAUCCGAAACUUCUUGGAAGGCUACGCACAGAUGUCGAAAUUCAAUCGCGCCCUCAAGCGGAAAGCAAACGCCAGUGAGUUCACACAAUUCGGCGUUCUCCUCACCGAGGGCGUGCAAACGCUUUCGCUGGACGUCGCCGUGGACGCGUGGGCCAAAGAAGAUGCAGCAGACCGCCUGGACGAUCUCGAGAACAUGGUGGACAUCAUGGAAAGGAUGGAGCGCAACCGCACGGAAAAUCAAGCAGAGAUUCUCGGUGUUUUGAAGUGCGAGCAUCACGCAGACUGGUUGCACGUUCGUACAUUUCAGGCACUCCGAAAAGACGAGCGGUCGGAGCUAACGGAGUGGGACGAGAUCGACUAUGACAAAGACUUGGACUUCAAGGGCAGCAGCCGCUCGGGUCGGGGGGCUUCGCUCGCUAGCCGGGGCUCCCUGCGGGAGAACUUGCACUCAUCGAGCGAACCGCUCGCACACGCGCUGCAGACGGCGUUCCUGUACGACAUUGCCCGAGGCAUGUCGUUCUUGCACAAAAAGGGUAUUUUGCAUCGCGACCUGAAAUCUGCGAACGUGCUCAUGUUUGCCAAUGGUCGCCUGAAGCUUUGCGACUUCGGGCUGUCCAAAAUCAAGACGGAAUCCUCAAGCAGGUCGAAACGAGGGGCUGUGGGGACCGCGCAAUGGAUGUCACCAGAGGAGAUGGACGAGAGCCCGGCAAGUGAACGAACGGAUUUAUACAGAGUCCUCACCCCAAGGGCACGAACCUCGAUUGCGAUAUCAAAGUUACCGUGCUACUUGUCCAGACGAAAGAGGAAAGACAACAAGAACGUUCUGGGUCAGUUCAUAUCGAAUCAGGCCCCGAACCUCUCCAUACAGUUGAUACUGGAAGUGUAA